AAACUCUUCCUUUCGCUUCGGUCCACCUUCUCAAACCUCACCUCCGCCGGAUUAGGAUGGGUGUGAAUGGAGGAAAAUCUUUAGUCCUUCGAGAAAAAGGACAUUACGUGAGCCUGGAAAAAAGCGUGUCGUAAGGCAAAACAUUAAAGGUGCGUCUUCCCUGUGCGUCGAAGGGCGUGCACAGAAACAUCGGAAACGGGAAGUGAGAUAUGAGAAAAUUCGAUUUCUCAGCUGAUCGAGUGAUUUACCGGAGCACAGAUUCGGCGAAUUGAAGUGGUUCAGUGAUUGUUCGCGAAAGUUGUGGUGCAGAUAAAAAACAGGGAGGCAAAUAUCCGUCCUGGUGUGCGUGUUACUGAUUGAAUUUUCCUGGUGCGUUCUUAUGCCCGUAUUCGUUAUCGUGUCGCAGCGCGGAGUGUAUGGCCUUAAAGUGAUGGAAUACUUUAAGAUACAUGCGGUAUCUGUGCAAAAUGUCAUGAAGCUGUAGCUACGUAAAGGGAAAAAAAUAACACGCCCUCGGGGGAUGAAAACGGACGGAUCGACCGGUGUUUGUUAUAUUCCAAGAAGUGUGGGAAUUAGAUUUUCCACCAAAUCAUAAUAUAUAGUAUAAAAGGAAGGAAGAAAAAAUCAACAACCAUUGUUUGCUUUGGCAGCCGGUUUGGUCAACAGACAGGGGCUACACGCCGCGAAAGAGCCGAAAACAUACAUCACUGUCGAGUCGUUUUUUAAGAAGCUGAACGCCCUGCCGUCGUAGACUAACCACGAGUGAAGUGAAAAGUGUAAAAGGUCAGGAAAAAUCGGCUACAUUCCACCACGGUCACGGGGGCACUUUAUCGACCCUUCAGUAGGGUUUUCACCGUUCGUCGCUCAAGCGUUACCGGAACCGGCGCGAAGGCACCGCAUCAAACUAAUUGAGGUGGAAAAACGAUGGUCGCCCUUUCCCGGUCCAUCGGAUUUUCACCCUAGCGCCACUGGCCGGGGGCUGUUUUUGUGUUCUGCUACACGGUACAAUAUACCGCCGACUCCCAUACAACCCCAUGACAAGAAAGUAUUAAAAAGAAAGGAAAAUUCAAACCAGUUAAACUCCCCUUUUGCAGGAAGGUGUAAAUUGUCAUCUACUUUGGUGGUGUCGUGCAAUUUUGUUUUUAUUCCCUUUGCCAGUGAAGCAGGAAGCAAGGAGAGUGAAAGAAUUUCCCACUAAGUGGGCAGGAAGUUGGUAAAAGUGUGUGAGUGCUUGUUGCUCGCUUCACGUGAAAAAGGUUUUGAGCAUUCAGACGCAAUCGACAAGUGUGAAAAAGAUGGAUAAUGGAUGUUUCAAGGAUUAACUGCACCGUUUAGAGGCUGGUGGAGUUUGAAAAGGAAAGAGAAAGAAACGUUGUAUUCAGUGAGCAGAAGGCGCAAACGAUUAACAUGAGCAGUUUUUAAAAGACUAUGGAUUGGGUUAACACAUGGAAACUAUGAAGCAAAUAGCGGUUGUGAUGAUUCUUCUCAACAUCAGCUACGGUCAGUUAUCCCGCUCACAGUUGGUAGACAUCGACGAGCCGCACACGUACACACCACCGAAGCACUACUUUCAAACGUCCUCUUUCGACGAAGCCGAGCUGGAAGACGACGCGGCAAAAAACCCCCUCGACCGGGGGCCCUACUUUGACAUCUCGGCUUCACGAAACGUCACAGCACUCGUCGGCAACACGGCCUAUCUAAAUUGUCGCGUGCGCAACCUCGGCAACCGCACGGUGUCCUGGAUCCGGCAUCGGGAUCUGCAUUUGCUGACUGUGGGCAAAGCAACGUACACCUCCGACCAACGCUACCAGAGCGUGCACAAUCCCCAGCUGGACGACUGGUCGCUAAAGGUCCUGUACCCACAGCAGCGCGAUUCCGGUGUGUACGAGUGUCAAAUCUCCACAACGCCACCGGUCGGCUACUCCAUGAUGUUGUCGGUUGUUGAGCCCAUAACGACCGUUAUUGGAGGACCAGAUCUGUACAUCGAUACCGGGUCGACGGUGAAUCUUACCUGUAUUGUUAGGCACCUUCCCGAACCACCGCCACUAAUACAGUGGACCCAUAACGAACAGGAAAUCAACUACGAUUCGCCACGUGGUGGUGUGUCGGUGAUUACGGAAAAGGGCGACAUAACGACCUCCUAUCUGCUGAUCCAGCGCGCUAAGUCCACCGAUUCCGGCAAGUACACGUGCCUGCCAUCGACGGCCAACCCGAUGACGGUAAACGUCCAUGUGCUUAAUGGCGAACAUCCUGCAGCAAUACAAGGUAGCAGAGGAUUGCAGAGCAACACCGUACUUACACUAGUGCUGAUGGUGCUUUUGAUUGUGGUGGUACGGGCGUUCCCAGUGCGAUAAGAUUCGUCCCACAGCAAUUCAUUUGCAUGUCAAUCGAUGCCAUUUUGCUUUUGUGAGAGGUUGAUUUCCUAUCAACUUUCUAUUUUUGGAAAAAUAAAGUUUUAGUUUAAUUUACUUUUUUAUUUGAGAUUCUUUUAAAUUUGUACAUCCCGGUCACAUAUUUCGUGUGAUUGAUGUUUUAAGUAUGUGAUUAAUUUAAAUUGUACAUUCUACAUACAUUUUUCAUAGAAACAUCGAUAAACUGGCUGAGAGCGCGUGUAAUUGCCAUAUUAACGAAGGCGUUAAUAUGUAGUAUUAAAAGUAAUUAUAGCUAAAAAAUUCUGUACAUAAUUUAAUUAUGUUAUCAAAUGGUCACUUUGCAUUGGAAAUAUAAGGUUAAGUAAUAUAAAAGAACAUAAAUUAAGCAGCUGUUUAAGUCUCGAAGAGUCUAACUCUGUAACAUUUGGCAUUAAUUUGCACACCGAUAAUAGUCGAUAUGCUAGUGCGUACGGCUUUAUGGUUGUGUGUAUAUUGGACAUUAACUGGAAAUUGCAAAUCCUCUUGAUUCAUGGUAGUGCGCGUACACAUGUGUACGACGGUGCUUGAUAACAUUUGUUUUUCCACCACACCGGCAUGCGAGCGGCAUGCGAACCUGUAAAUAUACAUUCAUCAUGCUGCAAACUGCUACAUGUUGGCCAUUGCUGAUACGCAUACUAUUCCCUCUCUGGCUCCUUUUCAUCCUUUCCGUUACACCACACGGCUAGAGCAAGACAGAUGAGGUUCGUUCAUCUUUGACAGUAUAAGAGGCCCAAGUACGGGCUUUGGGAAUAAAAAGGCGUACCGGCACAAAGCAUUUUGUUGCCAACCUGGCCUUGUGGUGGUGAAAGCUUCCGAAUGAUGUUUUUAAGGACAACUGGACGGUCCUUUGUUCCCGGGAAGGGUUUUUCCUACUCUCAAUUCCCCCUUCUCCAUCUUCCCUCCAUUUUACAAGAUGCUUUUUAUUUAAGAGGGUAGUAAGCAGAAACAGGAGUAAAAUAAUAUAUCAGUGAGCGUAUUUCGGCACAACGACAUAAAGGACGUUCGAUGUGCGGAUCGCAAACACGCGCGUGUAGCCUGGUUAGCGAGCGAGGUAGAUAAAAACAAAUCUCGUGAAGAUAAAUUAUUCCGGAAUGAAUGUUUCGUACUUUGGCGGGAAGCCCACAGUGGCCAGUGUACCACCUUUAACACAUCCCUAGCUGUUGGAGGAGCGAUUUUUUGUUAUGAGAUGUGUUUGUUUCUUUAAGGCCGCAAAAAAGUGGAAACGUGGCACACGGAAGUAAGAAUGGAUGACUUUGGUAAAAUUUGCUGGCAAGCAUGACUAAAAGAUUUCCCCUAAAGAUAGAAUGACAGAUACUAAAGCCAAAAUAGAAGAAAAGAACAUUGUGCUUUUUAAGGUAAGAUUGGAGCAAAAUACAUUUUUUAAGUACAAUCUAGAUCCACAGGGUGAAAUCUCGAGGGUGAUUGAAUGGUUUAAAAAAUAUCUUCAAUAGUUUGUUAAGCUUGAAAUUAAUUUUUCUUUUAUAAUUUUGCUAUUAACAUGUUUCGCUUUAUGUUAUACAUUAUUCAACACUAUCACUUCCGCACUCAUGCCAAAUGAAGAACAAUGCUCGAAAACUUGUAUAUAAAACAAAUGGCUCUCGAUAGGAUAAAUAAUGUUACACAACUGGAAAAAAACAAUUCUACAUUUCUUAAUUUUUUUGUUCACAUCUACCACAUAGCCACCCAAUACUGUGAAGGUUCCAAACGAACGAAAAGCUGUGGAGGUAAAUGUGACAAAAGUGUUAAAAAAAUUAAGAAAUUUUCAUAGUAUCAGGUAGCAAAUACGAGACGAUGAUAAAUGAUUGAUAUUCAUUUUUCCCUUUCACACAAAUGGGACUCAAAAUCGAUCCGAUCCCAACCAUGGCGCAUCUCCAUGCCGAUCGGUGGCAAACGUUUUGUCACAGAAGACGAUUCGUUUAGAAUAGGGCAAAGCCACAAAUCAAGAACAUACAGAACAGAAAAGAAAAGAGAAUCUAGAUGAGAAAAUAAGAAAAAAAAUCGUCCAGAGGGGCGUAGGACUAUAUAGCUAUUUUACAUUGAAUUCAUUCCAUAACAAAAGAAAACAAAGAGAAAUAAAAUGAAACAAAACAGAAAAAUGAAGCGAAAAGUAUGGCAAAACAUAAACGAAUAAACGAUUGCGAGUAACGGAAAUACUGCAAACAAAAUAAAAACAAAGGAACAAACGAUGGAACGAAAUACAAAAUGGAAAUAAACCAGCAACAAUGAACUGUGGUAAAUGGAAA